ACAGACACAACAGUAGAAACAACAACAGCCACAAAAAUACUGAAGCAUAUGUUAAGCAAAUUGUAUGGAUACUACGGAUACGGAUACAGAUACGGUUGGAUGCAAGUCUUCCUACUACUGACACUCCACGUGAUUGGUAAUCAAAGUGCCUGGCAGGAGAAUAUACGACCAAAACUCUAUGUGGAAUUAGGUCCCGAAGAUAUACUGAAGUUUCUGGGAAACGAAAGUGUCGUGGAUCACUUUAAGCUCGUCACCAAGGAUGGCAACAGUCUGCUCAUCGGUGCAAGAAAUACGGUCUUUAAUUUAAGCAUACACGAUCUCGCUGAGCAGCAGCGCCUGGUCUGGACAUCGCCGGAAGAUGAUACCAAAAUGUGUCUCGUCAAGGGUAAAGAUGAGGAGGCCUGCCAGAACUAUAUCCGCAUCAUGGUGGUGCCGUCGCCGGGGCGCCUCUUUGUGUGCGGCACCAACUCGUUCCGGCCCAUGUGCAACACGUACAUGAUCAAUGAGAACAACUACACGCUGGAGGCGACCAAAAAUGGCCAGGCUGUCUGCCCCUAUGACCCCCGUCAUAACUCCACCUCCGUGCUGGCGGACAAUGAACUGUAUUCGGGCACUGUGGCCGAUUUCAGCGGCAGUGAUCCGAUUAUCUAUCGAGAGCCCCUGCAGACCGAGCAGUACGAUAGCCUCAGUCUCAACGCCCCGAACUUUGUGAGCUCGUUCACGCAGGGAGAUUUCGUGUAUUUCUUCUUCCGCGAGACAGCCGUGGAGUUCAUCAACUGUGGCAAGGCGAUUUAUUCGCGUGUGGCCCGCGUCUGCAAAUGGGAUAAGGGUGGACCGCAUCGGUUCCGCAACCGCUGGACAUCGUUCCUCAAGUCCCGCCUGAAUUGCUCGAUACCGGGCGAUUAUCCCUUCUACUUCAAUGAGAUACAAUCGGCCAGCAAUCUGGUGGCGGGAGAGUACGGUUCGAUGAGCUCGAAACUAAUCUACGGAGUCUUUAAUACCCCCGCCAACUCGAUACCCGGCUCAGCGGUGUGUGCCUUUGCCCUGCAGGACAUAGCGGAUACCUUCGAGGGCCAGUUCAAGGAGCAGAGCGGCAUCGGCUCCAACUGGCUGCCGGUAAACAAUGCCAAGGUCCCUGAACCGCGUCCCGGCUCCUGUCACAACGAUUCACGAACGCUUCCGGAUCCGACAUUAAAUUUCAUCAAAACACAUUCGCUAAUGGACGAGAAUGUGCCGGCGUUUUUCGGUCAGCCGAUUUUGGUCCGGACGAGCACAAUAUAUCGCUUCACCCAGAUAGCUGUCGACGCACAAAUCAAAACCCCGGGCGGCAAGACCUACGAUGUCAUAUUCGUGGGCACAGAUCACGGGAAGAUCAUCAAAUCGGUGAAUGCCGAAUCAGCUGAUUCCGCUGACAAGGUCACCUCCGUGGUCAUCGAGGAGAUCGAUGUGCUGACCAAAAGCGAACCGAUACGGAAUCUGGAAAUAGUCCGGACCAUGCAAUACGAUCAACCCAAGGAUGGCAGCUACGACGAUGGCAAAUUAAUCAUUGUGACAGACAGCCAGGUGAUAGCCAUACAAUUGCAUCGUUGUCACAAUGACAAAAUCACCAGCUGCAGCGAGUGCGUCGCCUUGCAGGAUCCUUACUGUGCCUGGGACAAAAUUGCCGGCAAGUGUCGCUCCCAUGGCGCACCACGUUGGCUGGAGGAGAACUAUUUCUAUCAGAAUGUGUCCACUGGCCAGCAUGCGGCCUGUCCCUCAGGCAAAAUCAAUUCAAAAGAUGCCAAUGUGGGCGAGCAGAAGGGUUUCCGGAAUGACAUGGACUUAUUGGAUUCGCGUCGUCAGAGCAAGGAUCAGGAAAUCAUCGACAAUAUUGAUAAGAACUUUGAAGGCCCUCAAAUUUCCGCAGACAUUAUCAAUGCCCAAUACACGGUGGAGACCCUGGUGAUGGCCGUGCUGGCCGGAUCGAUAUUCUCGCUGCUGGUUGGCUUCUUUACAGGCUACUUCUGCGGCCGGCGCUGCCACAAGGACGAGGACGACAAUCUGCCCUACCCGGACACGGAGUAUGAGUACUUUGAGCAGCGUCAGAACGUCAAUAGCAGUUUCCCCUCGUCGUGCCGAAUCCAACAGGAGCCGAAGCUGCUGCCCCAGGUGGAGGAGGUGACCUAUGCAGAGCCAGUGCUGCUGCCACAGCCACCGCCGCAGAACAAGAUGCACUCGCCGAAGAACACGCUCCGCAAGCCACCCAUGCAUCAGAUGCACCAGGGACCCAACUCGGAGACGCUCUUCCAGUUCCAGCCAGAUGGCUAUAACACCCAGCAGACAUAUCGCGGACGCGACAACUUUGGAACGUUGCGCUCCCACCAGGUGAUGGGCGACAACUAUCGACGCGGCGAUGGCUUUUCGACCACACGCAGCGUCAAGAAGGCUGUAAACAACACAAACACACGAAACAGAAGUCUUGGUCGCGCAAGAAGACAGCCGCCCCGUCAUGGUAUCGUAACUCAACAUCGCUCGAAUAGCCCCCAGCCACAACCACAGCAGCAGCAGCAGGCACAACAGCAGCCGCACUCCAGCUCCGGCUCGUCGCCGGUAAUGUCGAACAGCAGCUCCAGUCCAGCGCCGCCGUCGAGCAGUCCCAGCCCCCAGGAGAGCCCCAAGAACUGCAGCUACAUUUACCGUGAUUGAUUGAUAUGUAACACCAAGUCGAUGCCCCUCAU